GCGUCGACCACGCCCGCCACAACUCCGGUAGAGACGGCGGGUAACGAGAGCCGCUUGCUCCGGAAUAUCUAUAUGGGUUGUGCGAACUUAUGAUGAAAAGACGAACCCCCUUCCCGGUACCUACAAUCCGAAGACCACCCGCUGACCCAUCCCCCAGCGCCUCGCCUGGCCCCAUGUGCCACCGAUCCGCCCAGAAACGCUAUGCCACGCAACGGACUGCAAUAGAUCACGAAAGCCGGGGUGCGAAAAAGACAAAGCUCGAAGGUACUGUGCAGCGCAAGAAACGAGGAAGAUCAGGCAGUCUGGGAAGGAAAGAUGGGAGGACGCAAAAUCAAGAAAGGACACAUUUGAAGAAAGAAAGUGAAGAAGACUCCUCCCGGGACAAAUCCAAGAAAGGACCAGCAAGCCUGCCUGUGUGCCACCCGUAUCCGUACUUUUCCCGCCAGGCUUUUGAAAGUUUUGAUGCCCCGAACACCAUCAGUCCCGAAGGUAUCAAACACCAUUGCCGAGAUCUCCAAUCUAUAGUCUCUGCCGUUCCAUGCCAGAGAGCCCGCAAAUGCCACAGAUCUUAACCAGUCUGAAGAACCCACAAAUCGUUCUUACCCGCGCCGACCUUGCCAAAGAAGCCGUCCC